UGAACAAGUCAAUCAAGUCAUAUUGAUGUUCUGCUCUGUAAUACUGAAGGUGGAUCUGGCACAAGUUAGAAACCAGGUAUAAAGUGUUACCUGGUUAACAGUGUUGGGUGAAAUGAGAUGAUGCUUGGUGCAUAUCCCCUCAAACAGAAAGUUAAUCUUACUUUUCUUUUUUGUUGUUUAUUGCUUUUAUGUUGCCUGCAGCACUUCUGUGAUGUUUUAGAAUCUUUUAAACAAACUUGAAAUACUUCCUAUGAUUUGCACGUAUAGAAUAGAAAUCUUUUAUUGUCCCACGGUGGAAAAAUUCAGGUGUAACACCAGGAUUGAAGCAUGGAGGCUCACACGAAGGUAAACAUGUAUUUAAAAAAUUGCACAAAAUUAAGAAUUUUUAGCCACAGCAAUACUUAUAGCCAUGUAUUUGCUGCUAUAUUUAGUACUAAGCUGUCAGCAUUAGAUCUUUUAAGACCUUGAAGUUGCAAGAAGGGUCUCCAUGGAUCCAUCUAUUUGUUCAUCCAUUGUUCUUUGCUUAAUUUGGGAUGUUCACCAAGGAUCACUCUGUUUACAGUAUUGUGAUUGAACAGAAAUCACUUUUUGCCAUUUACCCAUCAGCAUAAGGGGCUUCACAGAAGGUCACAAAAAUGUUUUCCCUGCACUGAGUUCUGGACCUCCCAUAGGAUCUUCUUCUUUUGAGAUGAGUCCGGACUGUCAGAGGAAUCCUGAUCAGAUGUCUGAACCAACUCAGCUGACUCUUUUUAAUGCUUUAUUUUCUACUGGCGAAGCUCUUUUCAUGGUCUUGUUAUUUCUGUUGUGAUCUCGAUGUCAUAAUCAUAGGGUAGGUGAGGGUAAAACUCUUCAUCAUGACAUCCUACUUUACAUUGUAGCACCAAGUUAAAAAGUAUCUUCAUCAAGUGUCAGCAUGAAGCUGUUCUCCUUCUUCUCUCAAAGGUUUUGGUGUAAAUAGUGGAUCUGCUCUUUGAGCCGUGCCUGGUACUGCAGGGAUCUCUUUAAAAAGCCUAAUUGCGUGAGUCAUGUAGGAUUGAAUGUGUUGUAACUCUAAACCCGGAGCACUAUUUACCACUCUACUGCAUUCUGAUGGGCGGAUUAGGUUGCUCAACAACAUACACCUAAUGCGGAUUUGGAGUGAAACAACCGGCCAGCGUGCUGCCGUCUAGCUGAGGCAGGAGCAGUUCUGAUCUCGUUUGCAAUGUGCUUUCUCAAUUAUUUUAAUAGGCCUAUUGUUGGGACAUUUUCCAGUGAGAUUAGAGGUAGAGUUCAGAGCACAAAGACGACUUGUAGACAAAUGAGCCAAUUCCCUAAUCUCCCUGCCCAGCUACUCAGCCUGGGCUUUCUCCACUUCCCCUUUAGUGGUUUGAUUCUACACUAAAAGCACUCUUGUUUCCCUUGAUUCACUCUUUAAUCAACCCGUUUUUAAUAUUUUUCACUGAGUGCUUCAGGUAACUUUAGAACCUUCUCAGUGGGGGAUUCAGGGAGUUGUUACUGGAUUUGCAUCUUGAGCCAGAAUGGACGAAAUCAGCAGUCUGCUGGGAACCAUGGGGCGCCUCCGAAGUGACACCCUCUCUUCUGAUGCCACACAGUCAACAGCGAGCAAACUGGCUCUGCGCCAUCGGCUAAACCAGCUGAUGACCUGCGUGGAUGACCUGGACCCCAAAACCGAGCUACACCAGAAAAUGAUCAAGACUCUGGAUAGUGCCUUCCUCUCCUGUGCCAAGAGAGCCAACAAGCCAAAAAAGGACAACUUCAGACUUCACAUGGUGACGUGGAACGUGGCGACGGCUGGUCCUCCUGAUGAUGUGGCCUCACUUCUCCACUUGAAUUCACCAAAGACUCCUGACCUCUAUGUCAUAGGGUUGCAGGAAGUGUACUCAGGACCAGUGAGGUUUGUGUCGGACAUGAUAUUUGACGACCCAUGGAGUCAGCUGUUUAUUUCCACACUAGCUCCGUUAAAUUAUGUCAAGCUGUCAUCGAUAAGAAUGCAGGGUCUGCUGCUGCUCUUCUUCUCCAAACUGGAGCACGUCCCCUUCAUCAGAGACAUCCAGGCCACCUACACCCGCACUGGCAUAUUUGGUUACUGGGGUAACAAAGGCGGUGUGUCGGUUCGUCUGUCUUUUUAUGGACACAUGCUCUGCUUCCUCAACUGCCACCUGGCUGCUCAUAUGAACUAUGCAAAUGAAAGGGUGGAUGAGUUUGAGCACAUCAUGAACACACAGACCUUCGAUUGCAAGAAAGCUCCAAGAAUAAUUGACCACAGGUUAGUAUUCUGGUUUGGAGAUCUCAACUUCAGGAUCCAGGACCAUGGCAUGCACUUUGUCCGCUCGUGUAUCAACAACCAAACCUACAACCUGCUUUGGAGUCAUGACCAGCUGAUCAUGUUGAAGAAAAAGGAACAGCUGCUGCAGGAGUUUGAAGAAGGACCACUGGACUUUCAGCCCACAUACAAAUUUGACUUGAACUCAGAUACCUAUGACAGCAGCGGUAAGAAGCGAAAACCUGCCUGGACCGACCGGAUUCUGUGGCGGGUCCGACCCAAAUUCCAAUCCAAUGACGAGCAAGAUGAAAACGAUGUAAAGGAGAGGAGUCGACUGAAAGAGGAGGAGGAAUAUCCUCUGAAGGUCCGGCAGGACUUAUACACCAGCAACAUGGAGUACAGCAUCAGUGACCACAAACCUGUGAUCGGCAUCUUCACCCUGGAGCUGACAAGGAUGCACCGAACUCCUCUUGUGAGUCUGCAUGCAGAAGGCGACUGGAGUGCGGACAUUGACUCCAUUGUUCUCUACAACCCCUUGCAGCCCUUCCCAUCCAGUUCUUGGGACUGGAUCGGGCUCUACAAGGUUGGAUUCAGUAGCAUGUCGGACUACAUCACCUACACAUGGGUCAAAGACGAUGAAGUGGCCUUUAACGACAAAGUGAUGCAGGUGUUCAUGGGUAAAGAGGAAAUCCCGGUUAGGGGGGGAGAGUGUGUCCUGUGUUACUAUAGCAGCAAACUGCGGUCCAUCAUUGGAAUUAGUGAACCAUUUAAGGUCCAAGAGUCCAAGGUAGCUGUAGCAGAAGGCUUGUUUCCUGAGAGGAUCAAUGGACUGGACAGAAUAGCAAGAAAUGAAGACUUUUGAAGCAAAUUGCUCCCAGAUGUGGAACAAAUGAUCUGACCUUAACUGGCCCGGUUUCUUGACCUCCAGCUCAGAAUUCAAAUUAGGAAUCUCAUCCCGACUGACGCCAACACCUCUGUGGUUGGUGUAUUUUUCUGGAAUGAAUGAUCUUCUGGUAGACAGACCAGCUACCUGGUAAAUGUCCAAUAUCUUAUAGAUGUAAAGAUGAAGGAUGUUGGAGAAUUUCCUUUAGAGCAGCUCAGGGACGAAGAAACUAUGGCAGGUUUUCUGCUUAAGCUCGGCUUCUGUUAGAAGACAGCAAACUUCCAGUCAGCUUGGAAAAGGGAAUUGGGAAGCAAACUGUUCUCUUUCCAUGCUAUCUUAAUUACACCAAUUUAUAUGUAAACUUUUCACAUUUUCAGCAAUUUUAUGCUUUUUCUGAGAGCCAGUCUGUGCUUGUGAAAAGCACUGAUUCCUCAUUUUACAGCAUCUUCUCUCAUUGAAGAAAAUAACCUUAAAAAAGAGAUUAUUUUGUUAAAUUAUAAAGUGUGCAGAAAGUGUGAAACAUUUAGAAAAAUGUGAAGUUUUUGUUCUGCAUUGCUUCUGUGUACUGUCAUGAAAAAAAUCACUGCUGUUGUGUGAAAGCUAGAUGUGAUUGUGAUUUUAAAUUAUUUGUGAUUAUUGAUAUUAGAGACAAGCUGCUGUACAAAGACAAUUUGACCGUUUGGAUUUUAAAGAUCUCCAGUUGUUCACUGAGAACUGAACUGCUGUUUUAUUAGUUGGAUCCAUUUCCAAUGACUACAGGUCAGCUUUGCAACUUCAGCCCAUAGGAGUUUAAAAGAAAAUAUCAAAAUCAUUCCCUUUAAAUGUAGAUUGUGGCAUCACUGUAAACUUAAUGAAUGUUUUUGCACUGUUUAAUGUUUUUAAACAUAUAUAUAUAUUCACUAUGUUAUAUAGUGAAUAUCUAUUCACUAUAUAAAAUAUAGUGUUCACUAUAUAACAUAGUGUACGACUAUAUAUAUAUAGUAUAUAUUUAAAAAUUGUCAUUAUUUUAUUCAGCAUAUGUUAUGUGGCAAAUUCAUCAAGUGCCUUCAAAGCUAUUGUCUAAACUGAACUGUAUGCUGCUUGCCGUAACUUUGACCUCUUCAUCACCAGUUCCUUAUGUUUAAUCUUUUGACAUCUAUAUUGCUUAUUUUUUCAGAUCUCAGUUUGGUCUUUCUGUUAUAAACUUAGAGCCAUAUCUCAGCUCUCUGGAACUUGUUUUGACUUUUUUUGUCAGCUGCUUCUUUCCAAAUGUACUGUAAAAAAUCUUUUCAAAAAUAAAACUUAUAU